AUGGCUAAUCUCGCUAGUGAGUUCGCCAUGAAGGAUCUUGGCCCGUUAAGUUUCUUUCUUGGCAUAUCGGUUUCGCGGCUCCGAGACACCAUGUUUUUGUCUCAACAUGCGUAUGCACUUGACAUCAUCAAACGGGCACACAUGACUCAAUGUAAUUCAGUGGCUACUCCAGUCGAUACCAAUGCCAAACUUAGUGCCUCAUCUGGCGACGAUUUCUCCGACCCCACUCUUUACCGGAGUUUAGCGGGAGCCUUGCAGUAUCUAACGUUUACCCGUCCAGACAUAAGCUAUGCGGUACAGCAAGUUUGCAUGCACAUGCAUGCCCCAAAAACAGGUCAUUGGCUAGCAUUGAAAAGGAUUAUAAGGUAUAUAAAGGGUACCGCCUCCUUUGGUUUAAGAAUCGGCCCCACCACCUCCAACUCGCUGGUAGCCUACACAGACGCCGACUGGGCUGGUUGCCCCGACACUCGACGGUCGACUAGUGGCUAUUGUGUCUACUAUGGUGACAACCUUAUUUCGUGGUCCUCCAAACGGCAACCAACUAUUUCUCGGUCAAGCACGGAAGCCGAAUACCGGGCCGUUGCCAACGUUGUGUCAGAAAUAUGUUGGCUUCGAAAUUUACUUUUGGAGCUCCGUCGUCCACCGUUUCUCGCCACACUCGUCUACUGCGACAGCAUCAGUGCUAUUUACUUGUCGGGAAACCCGGUGCAGCAUCAACGUACAAAACACAUCGAGCUUGACAUUCACUUUGUUCGCGAACAAGUUCAACGCGGCCAGGUUCGGGUCUUACAUGUUCCCUCACGUUAUCAAGUCGCUGACAUCUUUACAAAAGGCCUCCCUCGGAUCCUCUUUGAAGACUUCAGAUCCAGUCUCAGCAUCCGAUCCCCUCCCGCUUCGACUGAGGGGGUGUAA